AUGGAGGAGUCUUUUCUGGCCUUCUGCGACUUCGUCAAGAAGGGUUCCACUACAUGCACAGACAAGACACUGAAAAAGAUCUGUACGGACUGUGGAAUCUACUGCAAGGGCAUGGACGCCAAUCGAGUCGAUAUUCAAUUCCGCAAACACCUCGGCAACGCCAGGCGCGACGUCGACUAUGCCGGGUUCUGUGCUUUCCUCCAGGGUGAACUUGCCGACGCCUACGUCGAGGCCAAGCACCUCGAUCGGGAGGCGGCGAUACAGGAGCUGGAGGACAAGGUGGCCAGCGGGAAGCCCGGAGGUCAUGGCACGACCUCGAUCAGCAAGAACAGCGUCACCGCUCGCCUCACCGACCACCGCGGCUACACCGGCUCGCACAAGGAGCGCUUCGACGCGGAAACUGGCAAGGGAAAGGGCAAGGAGGGCCGAGAAAAUCUCGUCGACAAGAAGGCACAACAAGGUUACGUUGGCAACUACAAAAACAUGGACACCUAUGACAAAAUGCACAAAAAGUAA